GAAUGUUGAAAGAGAUUGAAUUAAGUCACACAGCUGCUUCUGUCGUCUGCAAAAAAUCAAGGAACAAGAGAACUUGUGAUUUUUCGAAAGAUAUUAUAGUUGUCGUUGCGCUUCUUGGAAAUGUUGAAACCAAUGAACUUGGAUUUUGGCAGAGUUUCUGGGUGAGGAGCAAAUGCUUGGAGUCGUGUGUAAAUCUCUUAAAGCGGCUUACAAUCUUGAAACAUGUGAUGUAGAUGGAAGUGUGAAGGGUUCCACUGGUCUUCAAGCACUGGCUUCGGGGUGUGGUAUAUCUUUGGAUUGUCGUUAUUCUGUUAUCUGUCUUGAAGAUACAAGGCCAUAUGAAGGGGAUUAUGACAGUGGGGAUCCCCAGAGGAUGCUUCUGUUGCCCAAUACUACAUUGCCAAAUGGAAAUUGUCCACCGGGGUUUAUAGGUUAUGCAGUCAAUAUGAUAUAUUUGGAUGCCAAUCAGCUGUACACAAGGACUUGUGGUGGUAAAGGUCUUCGGGAGACCUUGUUCUAUCAUCUUUUAGGGGAGGUCCAGGUCUAUAAAACCAGGGAAAGCAUGAUAAAGGCACUAGAAAAAUCUUGCAUUCAGCACGGUGCAGUUUCAUUGGACGGAGGCAUCAUCAGAGGAAAUGGAGUUAUUUCUCUAGGACGUAGGGAACCCUCUAUCCACUUUCCUGUUGCAUCGAAAAGCCAGUAUCGUCGUUCAGCCAAGACAAAUAACCAGCGCAUCCAACGCCUGAUUGAUGCAAAGAAAUCCAUGUUGAGGACUACAGUUGACAAGCUCGACAAAAAAAACGAAAUGUAUGAGCAGGACAUGAAAAAGUACCAAAAAUACAGAGACAAGUAUACGAAAUUCUUAGAUCAGAAGGGUCCGUUGCUGCGAUAUUUCAAUGAAGUUGCAUCAAACUCCCCCAGCUGACUGUACUGCACCUUCUGAGUUGGUCUUUUGCAGUGGUACUCAAAUUUUUUGGAGUUCAUAGUUAUAAUUCAUGCUUUUCCCAGUUGAAAUCAUGUAUUUUGUACAGAAGAAUAAACUUGAUUGAUGGGUUAAAAAUCUAGGUGAUGAACCAGCUUUUUUGCAACUUUCUGCGGUACAUACAUAAAGCAUUGAUCAUUGGAUA